CAAACACACACACACUAACUACAGUAAUUAUAUUCGUAUUUGUAUAGUUUCUCUCUGUUCUUCGGAGAGAAAAUCCAACUUUUCUCUCUCUAAAAAUUCACCAUUUUCUCUCUCGCACUUGUGUCAUGGCGAUUCCAGCGGGACCUGUUAUUGUCUCGAUGGGCGUUCUCUUCUUUCUCUCAGGUCUCGUUGUCAAUCUCAUCCAGGCAAUUUGUUUUGUACUUGUUCGGCCAUUGUCGAAGAAUACAUACAGAAAAAUUAACAGAGUAGUGGCAGAAUUGUUGUGGCUGGAGCUCGUAUGGAUUGUUGAUUGGUGGGCAGGCGUUAAGAUUAAACUCUUCACAGAUUCAGAAACUUUUCGAUUAAUGGGUAAAGAACAUGCACUUGUUGUCUCUAAUCACAAAAGCGACAUUGAUUGGCUUGUUGGAUGGGUUUUGGCUCAGCGAGCAGGUUGCCUUGGUAGUGCAUUAGCUGUAAUGAAGAAAUCAUCAAAAUUCCUUCCGGUCAUAGGUUGGUCUAUGUGGUUUUCUGAGUAUCUAUUUCUUGAAAGAAGCUGGGCUAAGGAUGAAAUCACUUUAAAGUCAGGUCUUCAGCGGUUAAAGGAUUUCCCUCUGCCGUUUUGGUUGGCACUUUUUGUAGAAGGAACUCGCUUUACACAGGCAAAGCUUGAAGCAGCUCAGGAGUAUGCAGCUUCAGCAGGGUUGCCUGUUCCUAGAAAUGUUUUGAUUCCUCGUACCAAGGGUUUUGUUUCAGCAGUAAGUCAGAUGCGCUCAUUUGUUCCGGCCGUUUAUGAAGUAACUGUUGCUAUUCCAAAGAGUUCGCCUCCACCUACAAUGCUAAGACUCUUUAAGGGGCAGUCUUCUGUGAUGCAUGUGCACCUCAAGCGGCAUUUAAUGAAGGAUUUGCCUGAAACAGAUGAUGCUGUUGCCCAAUGGUGCAGAGAUAUGUUCGUGGCCAAGGAUAAGUUAUUGGACAAGCACAAAGUUGACAACAUUUUCAGGGAGCAAGAACAAGAUAUGGGCCGGCCAAUAAAGUCUCUUGUGGUCGUUAUCUCCUGGGCAUGUCUGCUCAUUUUUGGGGCCUUAAAAUUCUUUCAGUGGACUUCACUUCUAUCCACAUGGAAGGGUAUGGCAUUCUCGGCAAUUGGGUUAGCCAUUGUCACAUUCCUUAUGCAGAUCUUGAUCCAAUUCUCUCAGUCAGAGCACUCGACUCCUGCCAAGGUCGCCCCAUCAAAGCCCAAGAACGGAGGAGAGCCGUCUUCAGGAACAGGACAAGACAAACACAAGUAGGUCUCACAGCUUGUUUUCUAAACGUCAUAGUUGGUCAUGUAACAGCUUCUUAUAGCAUUACAUGAUAAAAGUAUUUUGUUCUUUAAAACCAAUUAGUUUUUUCCCUUAAAAGUGGGGUGACAAUUGUGCUUUAGUUUCUGUACCAACGACUUAUGGAUUGCUUUUGUAUCAUUCAUUGAUUGCCAGUUGAGUUUAGGUUAUAUUUUGUACACCUGAAAUGUCUGCUAGUUUUUCUUCUUACUCUUCUUCCCAUUUGUGGAGUGUAAUCAAACACAAUCCUUUCAGACAGGGUGGGACUUACACAUUUAACGGGUUCCACCUUAUACGAGAGGUUACGUCGGAUUCAUGUAUUUAGAUUUUUUUUGUUGCGUAUUCAGUUUCGUGUUGUUUCCUGCAAAUGAAAAUUUUGUAUAAGCUCAGUUUUUAUUUUUC